AACAUCAGAAAUCUCUCUUGGCGCAAACACACGCGAGAGUCUGUUUACUUUCGGAAUCGAUUCCGGUGAACUCGAGUCGUUCGGGGACACCUCUGUUGAAAUGAAACCGGGGACAGUGGAGGUGGAGGCGGGGCAUAUUCCAGCUGCAUGAGACACCGGGGCGUUGUUGGUGGAACCGAGCAGCUUCUCCAUGUCCGUGCUGGUGCAGAGCGAACACGGCUGCGUGUUGGACUCACGCUCCCUCAUCGACCAGGGGUUCACGCGCUGCCUCCGCUGGAAAGAUGGACAACGGAGUCACGUGCAGUGUCGCUUUAAGGGCCAGUGGUUCCAGAUGUGCAGGAGCCACGAGGCCGCGGCUGUGGACGCGGGACACGUGGAGGUGUUGCAGAAAGCAAACAAACCAGCGAAGAAAAGAAAAAGAAAACACAGCGAACUCAACCAGGGGGAAAUUGAUUCACAAAUCUUCCACGAGAAGAUCAGGUCCGUCGUCUCCGAGGGAACCAAGUCCUUGCUGGAUUCUUCCCGAUCCCUGGGAUUUCUGAACGGAGCCACCGACACCGUUAAAGAGCCACUUCCUGUCCAUGAGUGCAGGCUGGCUGCCCUUUGUGAAAUGGCUAAAGAGCUACCUCUGGUGGACGACGAGGAGCAGGAACAUGUCCAGGCACUGGUCACUGAGGAUGGCUGCACGUCACAUGUGGACUUGUUCUCUCGGGUGACGGAGAACAGGGCAGACGGGGCCACCGUGGUUACACUGAUGGGAGAGGAGUACGUGAUACCACCGCAUGCAUCCUUCCUGCUGUCUGAUUUCACACGAAUACAACCGCUGGUCCACUAUGGAAGAAAGUUUGACUUAAUCGUCAUGGAUCCACCGUGGGAAAACAAGUCUGUGAAAAGGAGUCGCAGAUACAGCUCUCUCCCCUCAUCCCAGCUGAAACGUCUCCCCAUCCCUCUACUGGCGUCUACAAACUGUUUGGUGGUCACCUGGGUCACAAACCGGCCCAGCCACCUGCGCUUCGUCCGGGAGGAGCUGUAUCCACACUGGGGGUUAGAGGUCGUGGCCCAAUGGCUCUGGGUCAAGGUGACCACAUCUGGACAGUUUGUGUUUCCUCUGGAUUCACCGCACAAGAAGCCGUAUGAAGUGCUGGUUCUGGGCCGAUACCGCCCCUCUGCCGGUCACUCCCCGAGCUCCUCGGAGACGUCAGAGGUUCCUGUAGAAGACUCGCGUUUGAUUGUCAGCGUCCCGUCGGCUCUCCACUCCCAGAAGCCCUCACUCUCAGAGGUGUUGCAGCGGUACGUCGGAGCGGACGCCUCGUGCCUGGAGCUGUUUGCUCGUAGCCUGCAGCCCGGAUGGACCAGCUGGGGCAACGAGGUGCUCAAGUUUCAGCACAAAAGCUAUUUCACUCUGACACCCGCAGACGAUCGGGCAGACAUUCCUAAAGAUGAGGACAAACACACAGUCACACUGUAGACACCAACUCCCCUGGUGAACCGUCUCCUCCUCCUCUCCUCUUCAUCCCUGGCCCACCACUGUGGACUCAUGAUGAUCUUAAACAACUUGUCACAUCAGUAUUUCUCUGUUUUUAAUAAAGUUUCAACACCAAAAUG